CACAAGCCAAAAAUUCGCGUUCUUGCAAUUAAAGCGAAAUUAGUGUUAUUUUUCGUCGAUUUACUUAAGGAAAAAUAUUAAAAAUUAGUUUAAGUGUAUUGGAGAAACAUGAAUCAAACACUGAAUUCGCCGGCAAGGCGUUCAAUGGCAAACAACACAAUUAGAACUCCCGGAAGAUAUCAACCAAAUGCAACACAAAUUUCCGACCUACCGAUCAACGAUGAUGAAGCAGAACGCGAAAAGAGACGUAGUACAAUGAUCGGCGGCGAAACAGAGAUGAAUUUGACGGAGGAAAAUGCAGAAGUUUCAUCGUGUUUGCGUAUGUUUAACGAGAAUAAAUUCAACCGUGAUAAUGUAUGGAGUGUUCAGCUCAUUGAUCAUUUUAGUAAUUUGGUAGCUAAGCAUCACAAAAGUAUGUCGAAUUUUCAAGUAGCUGGCUCGACAUUAGAAGCGAGCGCAAAGGUUUAUGUUUUGCGUGUUGACUCUCUGCAUCAAGACACAAUGCGAAUGGUUCAAAAUCUAUCGAGGCAAUCUGCUCGCACUUUGGGCGCAGCGAGAGACGAUGAUGAUGAUCAUGGAAAUGAUGAUGAUACAAAUCGCAGCGGCGAGAACAAUCAAGAAAAUGACCCAAAUGGUGCGAAUACGACAGGAAAAAAGAAAGAAAAGCGUAAAAGACGUGCAGCUGCAGUUGUAACAAAGAAUCCUGAUUCAUUGAAUGGAAAACUCGAUACGAAUCCUUUCACGGAUCCUUUUUUCGCAAAGCUCAAUUCAAUUGUUGGCGACAUAAAUAGCAGUAGUCGCUUGAUGCAGAACAUCAUUCGAACAAAAAAUGGAUCUUUGCAACUUCGCAUGGAUUAUCCGUUUUGGGAUAAAAGUGAAAACGAGGAAAUCUCCUAUGAUGAAAACGAAAAUUAUGAAAAUCGGGAAAUUGUUCGUAUUAAGACGCUCGAAGCGAAGGAAAAUCAUGCAAUUCAUCAUCAAUUGAAAGGUUACAGUAUAUCUGAUAAGCCAGCAGAAGAUGAGCCUGAAGAAGAAUUACCGCAAGGGUUACUGCAUCAAUCUUCGAUGAAUUCGAGUUUCCAAGACAGAUCAAUGAACGCAAGCGGAGGGGCAGGAAUAAUUUUUGAUCCAAAUGCCGAAGUUGAACCAAUUGCGAACGAUAACAAUUUCAUGAUAGAUUAUGGAGGAGCUGCUGAUGACAAUGAUCACGAAUUCGAGCAAUUAGAAGAGGAAGAUCGUGCAGCAAUUAUGCGUUGUCGCGGGCUUCGACGUGAAGCAGUUAUAAUUGAAGAUAUGGCGCCCGUAGAUGCACAUUCAGGGUCAUUAGAAUAUUCUUACAGACCGUUGGAUAGAUUCUCAGAGUUUUGGGCAGGACCAUCUCAUUGGAAAAUCCGUCGACAACCAAGUAUGGCAAAAAAGAGCUUUACAGCAGCAAAUCAAAGUUCAUCAGGUCAAGUUGUUGCUGCUAAACGGAAGCCUCGAAAGAAAAAGGAAACUAAAAACUUUACAGCAAACGAACUCUAUAGCUUUGAUCCAUCAACGAUAUUUGUCACUCGAGAUCCAGAACAUCCCAUUAAAAGAAUCACCUACACAAAAACUUACAUCAGUCGAAAAUGGAAUGCGAAAAAAUUAAAAUUACCAACUCACAUAAAAAUUGAACAAAAUGUUUUCGACAAGUUUUUAUCUGGUCCUCAAUUCCGCCCAAUGAAUGAAAAACCUGAAAAGGAGCCUGAAAUUGAAGUAGAAAAUUAUGAUUAUAACAACGAAGUAGAUAACGAGUAUUGUCGUGAUGUUCAUGCGGAAACAGAUGCUGAUACUGAAACAGAUUUUGGAACUGCAGAUAAUCUUAACACAAGCGAUGAACGUAUUAUGUCGCCAUCGGAUUUGCAAUUACCCGUUAAUCAGACAGCAGAUUUUAUCGCAACAGAUUUUGCAGGAGCCCCCGAACAAGUAGAAAAAAUUCAGAUUUCGUAUGCAAAACGAGCAAAACCUGUUGAUAUGAAACAACUGAAAGCUCAAUGUUGGAAUUUGAUAACAGAUUUACCUAAAACACAUCCUCAGGCAACAACCGAAACAUCGAAAGGUGAAUUGGUUCAAGAAAUUGAGUUUAAAGAUGUGUAUGAUAAUUUGCCACGCAUUUUGACAAAAUCAAUGGCAGAAAAUAUCAGUACGGGCCUCGUGUUUUACUCUGUAUUACAUUUGGCUAAUGAAAAAGGCGUGAGAGUUGUGCAACAUGACAAUCUCGAAGGAUGUACCAUAUUAAAAAAGUACACAUGAAAAAUAUUUUAAGGAUGUACUAAUGAAAAAAAAAAAUAGAAUAAAUUACAUUUGAGUACAAGAACUUUUACAAAAAUAUAAUUAAAUAUAUAACCUAAUGAAGAAAAUAAAAAGUUUAUUUAGAAGUUUUUA